AUGUAUGCCUCUCUGGAUGGGGUCAACAGGUUCCAAAGUAAGCUGUCUUCCCAGACCCUGUGAUGUCUGAUGCCAUCAUUAUCUGCUUCUGCUUUCGUCUUUUAAAUAGCAUGCUUUCAAAAAGCUUUGAUGUGUGCUCAUGGCCUUAUUUAUAAAUUUGUAACUUACAGUUUGUUGUGAAAUAGCCUCUCUGUAUGAUAUCUAUAUAAUUAUUAUUUUGGUUAAUUAUUGGCUGUUUUCAAAUGCAAAUUUUAGACACCCAACGUUUCUCAGUCUCAUGAAAUAAUGAGAAGAAUAUGUAUGAACUAGAUAUGCAAGCUCAUUUUAAAAGGAACACAUUUUAGACCACAAGUGAGUUUCAGAGCAAUUAGAGUAUUUAAUUUGAACUUUCUGGGUCCAGAGAACCCUAAGGGGAGGAAAGAAACCAAUUAAAUUAAAUUAAAUAAUAAUGCCCUAAAUAGAAAAUGUAACAGGAUCCAAUUGUUCAAGAACAACACUUAAAUUGCUGAUAAAGGAAUUUGGAAAUAUUUUAUAAAGGCAACACUUUGCUACUGUAUUCGUAUCUUUAAACAAUAGUGCUGAUGUUAGUUGGACAUGACAGAUUUGGGCCACAUGUUCAACUGACAGAAAUCCUAACAUUAAAAGAAAAGAAAAGAAAAGAAAAGUUCUAGAAAUAUGGAAAGGGAGGUUUUCCAAUUUGCAUAAAAACUUGACUGAAGUAUUUAAAAUGUAACAAACGCAGUGCAUUUUACAGAAGUAAUGGGGCUAUCAUGAGGUACUUUUAAGUAAUAUUUUAAUGGGUCCCUCCCCCCAAAAAAAAUAUUUGCCCAAGUGCCCUACAUGUACUUUAGGAAUGCAUACAGAACCAGUGUGGAAUGUGCCACCCUAAGUGAGCCUUACAAUGUAAGGAGCCAAAUUCCAGAGUACUUCCCAUUUUCCCAGUUCCUCCAUCUAUGUGUGCCAUUAUACCAAAUAACUGUCUCGUGAGGAGGAAUUAAAGAACCUUUCAAUGAGGGUGAAAGAGGAGAGUGCAAAACAUGGUCUGAAGCUCAACAUCAAAAAAACGAAGAUCAUGGCCACAGGUCCCACUACCUCCUGGCAAAUAGAAAAGGAAGAAAUGGAGGCAGUGAGAGAUUUUCCUUUCUUGGGUUCCAUGAUCACUACAGAUGGUGACAGCAGCCACAAAAUUAAAAGAUGCCUGCUUCUUGGGAGAAAAGCAACGACAAACCUAGACAGCAUCUUAAAAAGCAGAGACAACACCUUGCCGACAAAGGUCCGUAUAUUUAAAGCUAUGGUUUUCCCAGUAGUGAUGUAUGGAAGUGAGAGCUGGACCAUAAAGAAGGCUGAUCGCCGAAGAAUGGAUGCUUUUGAAUUAUGGUACUGGAGGAGACUCCUGAGAGUCCCAUGGACUGCAAGAAGAUCAAACCUAUCCAUUCUGAAGGAAAUCAGCCCUGAGUGCUCACUGGAAGGACAGAUCCUGAAGCUGAGGCUCCAAUACUUUGGCCACCUCAUGAGAAGAGAAGACUCCCUGGAAAAGAUGGUUGGACAGUGUUCUCGAAGCUACUAACAUGAGUUUGACCAAACUGCGGGAGGCAGUGGAAGACAGGAGUGCCUGGUGUGCUCUGGUCCAUAGGGUCACAAAGAGUCGGACAUGACUAAACAACAAAAGUAUGCAUGAUGUCUGUUUUGUGCUUCAGUUCUAAGGCCGUCACUGGGGGCACCCAGUGGACAGCGGCUCCAUUAGCGGAGAAUAAACUUAGAACUGCUUCCUUCUAUUGAAGUGAAAAAGGAAGAUGUUGUGUCCUCCUAGCAACCCAGAGCUAAUUGCUGGGUAAUAGUGGAACACACCAGAAACAAUUACUUGUUGUUUACAUGCCAUACCAAACUGUGGAUUGUUAGCAUUCUCCAUAUACAUGGACUGUCAAGUCAGUCAUAGGUCAAGGGCCAAAUAUAUAUGAUUCCCACUCAGAAAGGUAUACAGUACAUAAAUAAUAUCAAAAAGACAUUUCAAAACUUUGCUUAUAUACACACACCUCAAAAGAGGGGUGGAAUUCAUUGGGGGUCUAUUUAUUUUAAAGCUGCAAUGAACAAGGUCUUGUUCCACAUACAGGCAGCAGGACAUGGAGAAAGUAUUCAAAUGGCAAAUUUAACUGGUGUUAGGCUGGUGUGGGAGGAGGCAGUCCUUCAACUAGUCUGGUCACAAAUCCAUCUGGAGCUUCAUAGCUAAUUACCAGCACCUUGGAUAAAACUAUAAAUUUAAAAUAAUUAAAUAACCGCAAUCUGUACAACUAAGAGGCUCAGCUAGGAAUCAGGAACUCUCCAAUUCGAAUCUCACCUGAACACUUGAAGUGCCUGCCCCCUUUUUCCUCUCUCCACACCUACUGCAGUUUGCAAUAUUUACUGGGGGUGUGCGGGCGGCAGUAGUAUUUAUAAGAUUGUUGUAAAGGUUGACAAGAUAAUGUGCCAAACACCUGGGUUGGUACACAGAUAGUACAAACUGAUGCAUGUCUACUCUGAAGUGAGUCCAAUGUGGCUUUCUUUCAGGUAAGUCUAUUUCAAAUUGCAGCCUCAUCAGCAAUCUGCAUACUAAGUGUAAUUAUUAUUAACUCUACUGCAUUUCUGAAAGAAUCAUACACAAAAAGAGCACCAUUUUCCUUUCCUUUUUAGCCAUCUAACAUUUGUCUGCAUUGGCAUCUAUUCACACACACCUUAAUUUAACCACUCCCCAGCAUGGACCUGUGAAGAUUGGGUGAUGUUAAAAGGAUCCAAAGUUCAUUUCCACUUCAAUGGUGCAUGUUCAACAAACAAAAAUAUUUUGUAGCAAGGAGGUAAACAGUUUAGCAGAAGGCAGCCCCUCACAUGCAUUCAAACAUACGUAACAUUACAUUUGGCCUGGAACUUUUUCCUGUGUUGUUUUUUUUUAAUGUCACAACCCCAUAAGAAAGAGAAUUAAAAGCCUGUUAUUUUAAUUUACAUCUACCCACAAGAUAAGUAAAGUUAUCAUUGAAAUUCUAAUUAAAUAGGAUGAUUGACUAAGGUAGGACAUCAAAGAAAAGAAGUGAAUAUGAUAAGUCGAAGUCUUAUUAAUUAGUCCGCAUGGAAGAAAUUCCAGAGACGUCAAGCUGAGGCUGCUGCAAGGAGGAAAAAUAGCAGACAAGAAAAUGUGUGUUUCUUUGAAGUUAGGAAUGGAGAUAGUGAUGGAGGUAAUUGUGUCUGACUGGAUCCAGUAAUGAAGAGCCGUAAAUCAGACCUAGGAAUCGGAGGCAAGAGUCUGGUAACGAAUAUGGUUGCCCCCCUGCUGUGAAGAAACAGAAUGCAGAGCUGACUAAUUGACCCAGUCUAUCUCCCAGUAGCUCCCUGUUAUUAUUUAUUAAUUUUUAAUUUCUGAAUUAUUUACGUCCUGGGAAAUUAUUUUUGACAGCCUGUUAGGAGCGCCAAAGCUAAUGGAGGAUGAAAGGGCUGCAACCAGAAUUAGCAGGGAUGCAGUCACAGGCUACUGGAUUUAAUGAUUUUGGAAAGGAAAAUUGAUUUCACACAGCGUGUCACUUUAUACUACUUUAGGGAUACACCAGCUAUUUUAUUAAUUGAGGAAUAACCAACUCAGAAGUAUAUUUGAAGUGUAAAUGAAUUGCAGGCCUCAGCUAUUUAUUCUUUCCCCACCGCAUACACAUUUGAGGGAGAGCAAUGAGUUUGCUUAAAGUUGCUAAUUAAAACCAACAGAGAUGGAGAUCCUAUUGAACCCUUGUUGGGGCUUUUUUUUUUUUUUUUUGCCCUGGGAGGGUGGCAAUCAUUCCAUCCCAGGAAAAUCUGUAAACCUUCUGCACUUUUCAAGUUACAUUCCUUUCUCCUCGUGACAAAGCCCAGUCAUGUAAACCUUCCAUGUUUUCGGCUCACAGGAAUCACGCUGGAUGGAAUUUAACACCCAUCCCUAGGACUGGAACCGGCCGUGAAAGAUGGUCAGUCGGGACUGUACAGUGGUAUUUCAGGCUGUUAGCUUGAGCAGGAGGACAGACACUGUGAUAAAGUCAACAAGCUGCCUCAAAGUUUUGUGAUGGCUUUCUAAAUCCCAGAAAGCCACAUUCUGAAUCAGGUUACAGCCAUUAAAUUGGGCUGUUUGCACGCUGCCAUUUCUGUGCUUUUCUAUACUGGCCAAAGUUAACUGUCAUGUCAGAAGUUCAAUAAAUCCUACAUGCAAACAAUCUCUUGAAUGUGGCAGAGAGAACCUCCAGCCCAUAGGGCUAGUCCGACCCCUUUCUCAAGAGUAUGUCAAGGAAACAGUAAAAUUUAUUCAUGCAUUGCAAAUACAGUGAUCUAGUGAUCAUCAUUGACGCAGUCCAGAAAUGUUUUCUGAUCUCAAAUCCACAUAGAACAAACAUGAUUCCAUGGAAGAAGCUGGGGCAGGAAAAUAUUUUCUUGCUGCCCCCCCCCCCCCGGAAAAAAUGCUCACCAAGAGUUUCCUGUAAUAUCAUAGCAGUGUCCCAAUUUUCCAGGGACAUCCCUGAUUUGGAGAAGCCGUCCCAGUUUCUGCGUUGAUCCUGGAAUGUAUCACUUUUCCUUAGGAUGUUCUUAUUUUCGUUGGAGAAAUGUUGGAGGGUAUGGAGUUAUCUGACCCCCAAGCCGUCUUAAGGGCUUAUAGGGCUUCCCUUAUAGGGAAGGGUUUUUAAAAAAAUGUUUUAUUAUGUUUUCAUACAUGUUGGAAGCUGCCCAGAGUGGCUGGAGCAACCCAGUCAGAUGUGUCGGAUAUAAAUAGUAAAAUUAUCAUCUUGGAAUGGGGUGUCCCUAUUUUCACUGAAGAAAUGUUUGAGGAUAUGUCAUAGAGGGUUUGGGGCUGUGGAGCAAGAACAGUAAGGGGACUUCCUGCUGCACAGAGAUAGCUGCUACUUCCUACUGUUUCUCUCUCUCCAAACUUACCCACAGUUAGACACAGCAGGGCUUCCUGGUUUCUUGACUUCAGCAACUGCUUGUCUAAGCUGUGAGCAGAAUAGGCAGUGUUAAAGAAGAAGAUAAGAAGAGUCCUGCUGGAUCGGACCAAAGGCCUAUUUAUCCAUAAACAGAGAAUACAUGUUCUAAAAAUUAUUCUUUUUGGACCUUCAUAUGGAGAUAAUUGUGGAAGCAAAGAAAGGUUGUGCUGUAAGGAGUUUAUAAGUCGUUUAAGCACAUCCCCUCAGCUUAUUCCUCAGAGCAGUUCAUGAGCACUGUGAACAUUCCUUUUACUGACAAGAACAUGCAAGGCUAGUCUGGGUUUAUCUGUUACUUUGUGGAUUAUACCACUGGCAAUUAAUGAAGGCAGGAGGAUCAAGUCAUAGAAGGAGUUAUGUGAGAUGGCUGACCUGUGGCCUACACUUCAAGCUCUGCGUCUUUAUCACUCCCUCACCGAUCCACAAUAUUCCUGCAGUCCCAUUUGGGUGCAUGGUUUUACUUAUGAUUAAGACCUAAUCAGAGGGCCAGGGACAUUAAAACAUUAAUACGGAGAUGAAAGGAAUCCUAAAUUAGGCCCAAUUAAAAGAACUAUUUUGUUUACAACAAAACCUUCCACAGGGAAGGUGCUGCUAAUGCCGCCAGAUGCACAAGGAUGGGCCAAAGCAUGAAUUUUUGGCCAUCAACUUUCACGGCUUUAAAAGCGGAUUAGACAAAUUUAUGGAAUGUAAGGUUAUUACUGGCUACCGUCAAUGAUGGCUAUGUGCUACCUGCCCUGUUGGAGGCAGUGUGCCUUUAAAUAACAGUUGCUGGGAAUUUAAUUAGGAAUUCCUAGUUGCUGGGAAUUAGAUAUUCUGGUUGCAGGCUUCCUGUUAAGUUGUGGGUGAACAUAUCAGACAACACAGCAGUUCUUCAAACAGCUCUUGUUUAUUCACAGGCCAGCCAGAACAGAACUGGGCUGAAGGGUUCACCCAACCUACUUAUAUACAGCUCAACUACAAGGCAACAGUAACACCUUUCUGUAACUAUCCAAUCACUGAACGUCACUUUCAAUUCCUUAUUUGCAAAUGUGGACCUGAGUAAAAACUAUCUAUAGUAUCCCCCUGCUGGCCCAGGGUGAGAACUUCAGUACAUAACACUUCCCAUGGGCUUCUGGUUGGCCGCUCUGACAGGCCCGCCAAGUGUCCCUAUUUUCCAGGGACAUCCUUGAUUUAGAGAAGCCAUUUCAGUUUUCAAUUUGAUCCCAGAAUGCCCCACUUUUCCUUAGGAUAUCCCUAUUUUCAUUGGAGAAAUGUUGGAGGGUAUGCUCUGAGAACAGAGUGGUAGACUAGAUGGGCCUUUGGCCUGAUCUGUCAGAAUUCUACUUAUCUUCCUAAUUCUGCCUACACUUAUCCUAAUGCAAUUGUAUUUACUUCAGUUUGGUUUAUAGUGGUGCUAGCUUUUAGAGGCAUAAUAGUUACACAGAAUGCCUAUCUACCAUUUAAGAUCUUCAGACACCCUUCUCCUGCUGUCCGUGUCCUCCAAGUUGAGGCAGAUGGAGGUCAAGGAGAGGGCUUUUUCUGAGGUGAUACCAAAAUUAUGGAACUCAUGUUUGCUGAGCAAAAUUUUUGAUAUUUUUAUGUUCCAUUUUAGGCAUGCCUCUUUUUUCUUGCAUUUCUAAUGAUGUCUGAGAUUCCUUAAUGACUUUAAAGUUGCUAUUUGUCUCUGAAGAUCUUCCAAUCUCAUCUCUGUGGUUUACUUUUGUUUAAAAUAUAUUUUUAUUGUUUUUAUUAUUGUUGUGAACUGCCUUGAGGAUGCCUGACAGUGAAAGGCAGGAUAUUAAGCCCUUACAAAUGCUUGCUGGUAGCUGUCAUCAUGUAAGAUAGCUGUCACCAUGUUACUGCCAUUUUGUCACCACUCUCCUUGGAGAGUGUUGCGGGACUACUACCAUUGUUAUCCUCACUGGCUCCAGUCCUGACGUGGCUGCCAUUUUGGGGCAUGCUCUGUUCCUGCAAGAAGUGUGGCUACUGGGUUUCUAUAAGGCCAGUUUACAGAAGCCAAGGAAAGGGAGACAUAACAAGUUGUAAUGGGAAAGUAAGGCAUCUAAGUGGAAUGACUCUGAAUCUAGAAAGAUAACAGGUAGUGUUGAGACCAAACGUCUGUCUGAAAGAGGGCACCCUCCCUCAUAUAUCCUGUCCGAGCAUUCCCUGUUCCCCAAUACAAGCAAGGCAUCCAUGUCACACAGAACUUUUCACACAGAACCUGGUAUUUUCUUAAUAUACAGGUUUACCUGACCACGCUUACCUGCUAAUGGUUUUUACCUGCUUAUGGUUCGUAUUUUGUUCUAGGGGGUUCCCCAUCCCUUUGCUUGUAGCAUUACCUUGAGAGGGGUUGUGAUUUUUUAAUCACGCUCUCUGGCGUCAGCCCCUAUAAUAACGCCUGCCCUCUGGAGGGCAGAACCCCUUUUCAGAGGCUAUAGGGGGGUUUCAAGGAUGGAGAAGGCCUUCCUGAUUACACAUGAAUCCCAGAAUACAGCUGAGGGUAUAGAUGUGAUUCAUUUCACAUUUCCUUCUACCCCAUAGAAAUAUUCGGUGUAUUAUAAUUCACAAUUCUGGAUCAUUUGAGAUAUAAUGAGGAAUAGAUUGUUUAAAAAAAUCAUUUAUUUGCUAAGAGCAUGACUGAACAGCUUCUGUGACGUCAUGGAAUGUUCAUUUGGAAAGAUUCACACUGUGAAGCGUGUGCUAUGGGCAAAAUGGAAGUGGACAAAGGAGCUUUGGAGUCUAGAAACUAUAGCACAGAAUUGCUGGGGCCAAUAGACUGAUGGAAAAGUAGGAAGCCAGAAUUUUGGAUUCAAUUUCAAGCAUAUUUUUAAACAUUGGAGAUUGAGAGGCUGAAGGCUCUAAUUUUCAGUACUAGAAACUGUAUGCCCUGUUGCUUACAUGGCAGAAUAAUCACACGCUUCCCUAGAUCAUUGAGCUGCCUCCUCUCUGUUUCAAUAUUAAAACAAAGGGUAUAUUUGUCUGUGCUGUGCAGUGUUCUGGGAUUUAAGCUCACAACUCCAAUUAAGAGCAACUAAUUCCCCACACAGAAUAUUUACCCCUAAGAGUUGGCUUGAUAUAAUGAGUCAUGUGUUUUGCAUUUAAGCUCUUAAUGCCUAGAGGAUUUAGCUUUUUUUUUAAAAAAAACCUUUCUAUUUUGAUCACUUCAUAUUUUCAUCAUUUGAAGAGCAGCUUUUACCCCUGGCAAUUAAGUAUAUACAUUACUAGAUUAAUAAAGUGACAUAGAUAGCUUCCAUUUCCCUCUCUUUCCUCCACUGCCAUAUCUCUCUUGAAAAGGACAAAGAAUGGGAUAGCCGCUUCUUUACUACUUAUGUCCGACACAGCAAAUAUUAAAGCUAGGCGGAAAAGAGAAGAUUGAUUCAGAGGUUAGCAGUAUACAUGCAGGACUGAUAUUCAGCAGAACUUUUACAGUAUAGCUCAUCUUAUUUAAAGAUGAACUGUUUUACAACAACCAGCGCUGACCCAAAAGCUGGCACUGGCAACAAAAAUCACACAUACCCACUGAGCCUCAGUCCCUGAGCCUUAAUCCAGCAUUGUCACCCAUUGUUGUGCCCUCCAUACACCUGAUGUACAGCUUACACAGUCCUGAUGGCAAGAGGGUGCCACCUGCUUAGCAGCCAGCAGCCAUCUUGUUGUUGUUUAGUUGUUUAGUCGUGUCCGGCUCUUCGUGACCCCAUGGACUAGACAUGCCAGGCACUUCUGUCUUCCACUGCCUCCUGCAGUUUGGUCAAGCUCAUGUUCGUAGCUUCAAGAACACUGUCCAACCAUCUCAUCCUCUGUCGUCCCCUUCUCUUUGUGCCCUCAAUCUUUCCCAACAUCAGGGUCUUUUCCAGGGAGUCUUCUCUUCUCAUGAGGUGGAGCCUCGGCUUCAGGAUCUGUCCUUCCAGUGAGCACUCAGGGCUGAUUUCCUUCAGAAUGGAUAUGUUUGGUCUUCUUGCAGUCCAUGGGACUCUCAAGAGGCUCCUCCAGCACCAUAAUUCAAAAGCAUCAAUUAUUCAGCAAUCAGCCUUCUUUAUGGUCCAGCUCUCACUUCCAUGCAUCACUACUGGGAAAACCAUGGCUUUAACUAUACGGACCUUUGUUGGCAAAGCCACUCCAGUAUCCCUGCCAAGAAAACUCCAUGGACAAAGACAACAGGAGCCAUCUUAGCAACAUCCAAUCUGUUGCUGACGUCACACCAGGCAUCACACUUGGAGGCAUCUAAGAUGACACCUACCUGAUGAUGGUCCAGAGCUGAGCAGCAAUUUGGAAGGAGGCAAUAGCAGGCAGGCACUUUAUUGCCUUUCUGAAUCAGUCACCUGGGCCCAAUGGCAUGUUGUCGCUAUUGAUAGGGCUGGGUCUGCUAGCAACAGUGGCACCACCAGGAUGGACCUUUGGAGUAGAGGUCAAGAGGCUUAGCAGGCUGAGCAGAAGGGCUCCAAAUGCAUGCAGCAGGUCCUUUUGUAAGUGUAGUGGUAUAUCAUUUAAAGAGGGCGCCCCUGUAAGCUCAUUAAGUCCUGAGUUUAAAAUUAUGUAACUGUGCAGCAAACAUUUCCCUAUUCCUGCCGCUUUGUUAAGCUAGACUGCCAUUGAUUUAAGAACAUCAGCUUGAGCAAAUUUUAUUUUCUCCGACUUUCCACACUUCUGCAGCUCACAAUAAACAACAACAAAAGAGUAACACUAGAAGGAACAUAUCCAGGGAUUGGGAGGGGGAAAGAACCAAAUUAACAUGACACCUCAGGGUCAAACUUCUCCCUUUCAGGAAACCGAAAGGAAAGUGGCAACACUAAUGACUCUCUUCUGUUUAAAAGACUCUUGAGGUUGUUUUUUUUAGCACUUGGAAGGAAAGUAUUAAAUUUUCAUUAAAGGGACGCAGCCAAUUUGGACAUAGAGGCUUUUUGAUUAAAAUACAUGAGUUUGUAGUAGAAAUAAACAUUGUGCUUGGUUGAUCCAAGAAGCAUAACCAUGCCGUGCAACACAAUAACCUUCUAUUGAGCCUUAUGAGCUUUAAAUCCAGGUUGCUCCAACAUGAGCUUUGCAGUAAACCUGUGAAGUCUACAGGGUAUUUAUAUACCCUUCAUUAACCCACUAUCACCUAUCAUAAAGCAAGGGGAAGAAGGGUCAGUGUGGUUAAAUGUAUAUUUUCAGUAAAUGUAUAUUUCUAUUUAAGAGCAGGUUUUUAGAGAUCCAAAUAGCAUUAGCUGGUGAGGGCUGAAAAUGAUCGUGACCGGGAAGAGAAGUGUAACCUUUUCCACCCCUGACGCUUAUGGAGGGAUUUCCUUGCAAUGCAAAUAGCAGCUUCAGAGGAGUUUUUUUUAAUCAAUACAGCAAUAAGCUGGAAUGGGUUAAACUUCUCCCCUGUUUCACUAUGCAUAUUGUUUCAGAAAGUCUGAAUUUUUCUUAAGUUCACCUUUGAUGUGAACUAAAUCAAAUUUCUCCCCCAUCCCUACUCCCAAGUAAAUGUGCAUAGGGUUGUUGUGUUCUUAAUAAAGCCAUUUUGCCAAGUCAGCAGCUAUACAGUAAACGUGUGCAGAAAAUCCCAGAUUGAGCUGGACGGAAAGCAAUACAUAUUUUAGCUCCUUGUUCUAUUUCCUGCAAAUGCCCCAUACACGAGUAUUGUAAAGAUAAGACUUGCUUCUAUGUACAAUCUAACCUGGCUCUUUGGGCUCUCUGAAUCUCUCUCCUUUUCCUUCCUGCUUCCAGAAUCUGAAAUGGCUUUCUUGCCAAUAUGAUAGUGGUGGUGGUAGAAGACACUGUAGUUUGGGCUCAGAUAUAAACAAAGAGAGCAACUAUUCACGUAAUGAAUUGUUUGGCACAAGAGACAUUUUGAGGACAAUAGCGCUGCUGCAGUAGGAGUCCUUUUCUUCAUGCACGCUUGAGGAAUAUGCAUUAUGUAACAGGAGAAAUAAAAUAACACAUAGACGGCAGAGCUCAAAAGAGUGUUAGAACACAAAUUGAACACUACUUGUUAAACAAGGUUAAUUUGUUCCUAUUCCACUUGAAAUGGCUUCAAACACUUCUAAACUAGGUCAUUUGAUUGCUAUGAAAAUACAUGUACAAGGCAGCUGUCUUUUUAGCAACAAGUUUAUUGGAGAGUUUUGAUUGCAUCCCAAAAGCAUGUGAGAUAUUUCUGACCAUAUCAAAGAAAACUCAACUGCAUUAUCAAGGCACUCUAAUGAGAUGGUUUGUUUAAUUGAAAUGCUUUAAAUUACCAUCUGGUACAGCAUGAAAAAAUCAUUAUUUUCAUUAGAGGAACUCCUCGUUAGCUUGAAAUUGAAGUUACAAAAUAGCACUGCAUGAUCUACUAAAAGUAUUGUAAAGUAUGCUCAAAUUCGGGUUAUUAAGAGACUUUUACAUGCCAAUUUCACUUCUGCAUUCAUUAAGUACCAUCUCCCAACUUAUACAUUUGAGUUUAUUUUUUUAAUCAUGCAUAGGUGGAGGAACGAAGUAGUGUGGGGGUUAUUCCAUGGAUAAAUCAUAAAUCUGGGUGCCACAGCUACUUGGCAUGAAAUGAAAUGGGGGGGGGGGACAAGGCAACCUCAAGACAUAUUUGCAUAAAAUUUACAAUAAUAUGAUAAGCACAAGACAAGAGCUAGUACCCAUAUUACAUUUACUCCUAUUGCUAUCAUUUCUUUAGCAGUUUAAACAUGCAAAACUCUUUACACAUUUAUCUUGUCCUCUUGUUAGUGACAAUUCAUAAGAUCACUAGUAUUCCCAUUUUACGGAUGGAAACCAGCCAGACAAGAAGUGCCUCUUCUAGAGAUAUUCAGAGAACUGAACCCAGCAUAAACUCGGUAAUUGUAAUAUGUGAUGUUUUGAUUUUCAUGUAAUUGAAUCCUGGGAACUGUAGUUUGUUUAGGGUGCUUUGAACUGCAGCACUGAGUGGUGAACUACAGUUUCCAGGGUUAUUCCGGGGGUGGGGGUGGCAUGUGCUUUAAACAUUUUGUGUAUAUGCAUCCAGAGUCAUAACUUGUGUCCAGCCCUGGUGAAUCAGAGCCUGGUGAAGAAGAGGAUGCAGAUCUGGCGAGUUUGGGGACAAUGGAAAGGGCAGGCAGGAAACAGGUAGGAUCCAGUUAGAAUCAAGUAACUAGGAUGAUCAGAGCCCUUUAUUUUCCUUGGGUGUGACUAUGCCCUCAGAGUUAGAAAUUAUGAUAUGCACAAGGACUGUGGUUGCUGCGAUGGACUUAUAAAAGGCUUCAUUUUCAAAACAGCUGAGUGACUGGUCUUGUCAAGAUGGCUUUUUAUACUUAUUCAGCUAUAAAAUAUGCACAUUAUGCAGCCACUAUUUGGGCAGCAGGUUCCAAGAGGGACCAAUUCUCCUGCCUCCUUGUCAUAUUUUUAAAGGAAGCUCUGAUACUUCAGUAUUUCAGCGUACUUCUUCAUAGCUCGAGACCUUAGCACAUCACAAGAUUUCUAAUCCAUUUGAAUACGAAACGUCUUCUUCCCUUUCCUGCUUCGGGCUGAAAGAAUUCUCAGACAAUGAUAAGUGGGGCUUCAUACUGGCUGCAUUUGGGCAAUUAUUCCUCAGCUUAAUAAGUUGAAAUAUGAAUGAGUCUUCUGCCUGCACACACACAGUCCUUUCGCUUGAGCUGAAAUCCGACUCAUCUUAAUUUCCUAUUUUGUCCAAAUUGGGAAAUGAUGGCUAGCAGCUUUAGUACAAGCCAGCAUCCAAAACCUUGGUUUGAAGUUGGUUUAGGCUCCUGGCUUGUCCUGAAGCUGGUAACCAUGGUUUCAAUGCAAUGGGAAACUAUGGCUAAUUGAAGACGUAUGUGUUGCAUCCAGUCUUGCUGCAAAAGGAAUAGCCAAGAGGUUACACAUGCCGGCAAAAUACUUGUUCACCAUCUCUACGUGGUAAGAGAUAAGAUUGUCCAAAUUGGGCCUUUGCUCAAGGCACCUUCUUCCAUUCCCCCCCCCCCCUUGAACAAUCCCUGUGAGCAGGAGUUCUGCAUAACUCAAAAUCUGUCACAAUGCAUUGUUGAGCACUGGCUGGCUUGCUCUGCUAAAAAGGAGGUAUUUCACUGUCCCUGCAAAUUUCCAUUUAAGUAAAGUUUGGCACCAGCAAAGUGUCCAGGGUUAAAAUUUAUCUUUUCUAAAAAAAUUUAUGUGGGUUUUAGGAUCCCUCUCCCUCUCCUCUAUUGAAGGCAAUGGGGCCAUUACUUGAAGAUUAGCAUUAGCUCUGUUUAAUAGGCCUUUUUUAUCCCAGUUUACGUUGAAUAAAGAAGAUUCAUUUGUUAGCUUAAAAAAAUCCUGAGACUUUAAUUCUUUAUCAUCACUCCCCAGAGAUCCCAGUAGGAGUCCUCUCAUCAUCGCUGAUCAGGUCUGAACUUUUGUGUGUGUUUGCUCUUCACCGUUCUAUGCUUUCAUCAUUUUAGACAGAACCAGCAGGCAUUCUGCACUGCAGAAAGGGAGUGAGUCCCUUCAGCACUACGAAAACACACACACACACAUAUAUAAUUCACCCAGGCUCAGUUCCCUAUAACUUCCCAAAAAGGACCCUCAUUUGCAUUUGAUUAAAAUGAAUGAGCUUCCUAUGUUAAUUAUAGGGAUAACAGCAGCAAAUGCAUUUUAGUAGGUUUGACUGAAUUCACUGAGAACUAUAAAGUUUAUUAAAAGUAGAUAAGUGAAUUUUUAAGUGGACCAAGCUCUACUGAUGACUUAAGCUAACUCUUUGCAUUACCUGCCAGAUAAAAGGCAUUUGGAUACUUUCCAAUGCCACAAAGUCUGCCUAGCCUAACAUAAGAAUAAUAGGUUUACUCGGUCCCAGCUCCUGCCAACUUAGCAGUUCAAAAGCACGUCAAAGUGCAAGUAGAUAAAUAGGUACCGCUCCGGUGGGAAGGUAAACGGCGUUUCUGUGUGCUGCUCUGGCUCGCCAGAAGCGGCUUAGUCAUGCUGGCCACAUGACCCGGAAGCUGUACGCCGGCUUCCUUGGCCAAUAAAGCGAGAUGAGCGCCGCAACCCCAAAGAAGCUCAUGAGAUAAUUUGCCAAACAUAGGGUUGUAUCUAAUGUGGCUCUGUGUUAAAGUCACUUACGUACUUGCUUACUUGUUGCCAUAGCAGAACAUUGUUGCACAAGGAGAAACACAAGCACAUUAGCAAAAAUUGUUGCACAAGAACCAGCUGUUGUAACGCAAAUGUUGCAUUGUGCAGCCUUUAAACAAGAGCUCUGGCACUAGCAGACAGAGAAUUUUGGAUACAGCCCAAGGUACUUUUUGAAGUAUAAUGCACUUUGCCUUGUGAGACAUCUUUGGGAGAAGAAAAAGCUAAACCCUACACAAAUCCAGAAUGGCGUCCCUAAGACAGUUGGAUGUCGUCUUGUCUGCUUCCUUCCAGCAACUCCUGCAGCCAAGCUGGUGCUAAACAUAUUGCGCAGCCUUUGUUUGGGCCACAUCAGCGAGCUCUUGUCAUCUUGGCAGCCCAGGAUUGCCCAGACAGGCUGCCCGGGCUCACGCCCCAGAGAGGUCACUUUGGUGCUGAUAAUACAGCAAAAACAAUGAAGGAGUCAGCAGUUGUGAGUUACCGCUCUCUGCAGCCAUUGUAGGCACUGUGAUUCUCCAAUGGUUUGGCUUUACCUCUGGAGGCACACUCCAUUGUCUCUCUCAAGACAGACUGAUGCAGACAAAUUUGCUUUGCAAUCUCGUGCCAUUCAACUUCACAACAUACUGCUGAGUUUAUAUUUAGCCAGAAAACAGGUUCAUAGAAUUAUGGAUAAACAAGCAUUUAAAUCUAGCUCUUACAGGUGUACAUAUUGCACUCUCACCCUAAUCUGGAUUCCCUACUGGGAAUAAUAAUGUUGGUUUUCUGGCCCCGGUCAAAUGUGAAGAAAUUCAUACAUAUUAACAGAUUUUGUGCAGGGAUUGUCCCCACCAGGGCUUGAAAAGGUUGCAGUAGCCAUCACACAAUGAUUAGCACAAACUUGUUGUGCUUGCGGAACUUACAAACACACACACUUUUGUUGGGGAGAAGAAAUGAAAUCCAUGCACCCUGUCCCCCUCUCCCUCCAACUGAUCCAUCUGUUCAAAACUAGGAGAGUGGGGCAGAUCCACAAGAACUAUGGUGCUAUUAGAUGUCUGGAUUGUUGUGGGCUCAUUUUAUACUAGUGUAAACCAGUUCAUUGAAAAUGUGCCUCUCUACAAUAAUCAUAGCAAUCAUGGUUCAUUUUUAUUUAAAGUUGCAUCAUUAUGAAAGGCAUUUUCUCCUGUAGAUGGCACUCCAUAGCUAAGUAAAACUGUGAGCCCUAACCCAAUAUUCUAUCCACUGGACUACAGUAGAUAUUUCGAUAUCUGACGAGAUAGUUAUGGGUGGUAGGCAGAAUUGUCCAUCAUCUAACAGCUACUUAGAUCCAUGUUGAUUGAUUGUAGAUGCCAUGCAACCAUCCUCAGGAGCUCUCAGGUAAGCCUAAUUCUGGGUGACGCAUGCAAAACCUCUUCCAUCAGGUGAUCCUCACAUCCAACUUGGUUGUCACAUCACUGCAAACUGUUGCGAGGACGGUCUUGACUGUUGCAGCAUGCAGACAGAUCACACUGUGUGGACUAAUGUGUGCUAGCAUCCUUGAGCAGCUCGCCCCCUGUUUAAUAGGAUCCUGUUUAACAGGGCCUCCAUGUUGCCAUCAUAUUGUGAGAAACAGACCUCAACUAAUUGGUGUGUUCCAAGCUUUGUUUUCUUUUUGCUAUUGAGUCAGAGCAUUGAAUCCUGUACUAUACCACUGCUCUAUUUCUGUUCAGCUGGGGAUGUGAGCACAGUGCUAAGGGAUGAAAUCAACCCUUUUUAAUAAACAUUUAAGGCUGUCAUACUCACUUAGGUAGCAUCUCUCUAUUUGUUUUGUUUUUAGCAUUAAUUUAGAAGUCCACUUUUUUGUUAGACACAUUGGAAUCUGAAUUUAGAAUCACUAUCAACCUGGUUUUACACCCCAAGCAUGUUCCAUCUGAGCAGAGAUGGGUAUAUCUGCCAACAUGGGUUUCUCAUUUUUCCAAUCUUAAAUCCUGUUCACCACAUUUUCACACCAGUUUGCAUUUUUUUUAAAAAAAUCCUCAUGGAAAUUCAUCAGUGAAUUUCUCCUAAUUAGUACCCUUUUGUGUGCAAUUGUUCCAAAUAUUUACAUUUUUGCAAGUAAAUAUAAUGCAUUUUUGUAUGUUAUUUCCACAAAUAUAUGCAUUUUUAUGCAUGAUUCACCGAAGUAUAUGCAUUUUUGUAGACAUCAUAUGGCUGGAGAGGUGCAUUGCAAAAUUCAGAGAUGUCCAAAUUUUGAAAGCUGGCUUUGUUUCAGUUCACAUAUUGUUUCAGAAAGUGCAUAUUAAAUGCAAACUGAAUCAAAUUUCUCCCCCAUCCCCACACAUGAACUCUUUCUUCUAGAUAUCAUGCCUUUUAUAUAUUAUAUGUAGAUUGAGUUCUCAGUAAAUUAUGCGUAGUUCUAAAUAUUGUGUUAGGAGUUAAGAGCAGCCGUUUGUGAAGUUCUGAAGUGAAAAAAAUAUUUCAACAUUAAGACAUCACAAACUGCUGUUUCUCAGUCUCUUAAAACAAUAUUCAAAACUAAUUUUACUUAGGAUGAAAGGUUUGGUGGCACAAGGGGGGCGGCGAGUGAUUAUCAAGACGGUUCCACAUGUGAAAGCAGUUUUGGGAUUAAGCAAAGGCCAGCUUUUCAAAGGUAUGUUUGAGAUAAUGAAAAGGGGAUGCUUACAUGGGGCAUGCUCAGAAUCCUGUGCCAGAAUGUGAGUUAUUCCCAAGUGCUUCAGCCAUUUACUAGGGAAAGCCAAUAUCUAAAUCCACCCAUAAUUUCCUUGCUCUGCUGUAUCAACAGUAUUCAUUUUACUUGUAUAUGCAGCUGAACUAUUCCUCUUGUGCCAGUGGAACUUCGCAUCGACAGGGGGCAGUAGAGGAUGAAAAGAUACCUGCGUUCCCUUUGUCUUCCAUUCUUAUGUGCCAGUUCUCCUUUAACAUUCUUUUCAGAAAGUGCUCUUUCACGCUGUCAGACAAGAAUCAUAGAAUCAUAGAGUUGGAAGAGACCACAAGGGCCAUCGAGUCCAACCCCCUGCCAAGCAGGAAACACCAUCAGCGCACUCCUGACAUAUGGUUGUCAAGCCUCUGCUUAAAGACCUUCAAAGAAGGAGACUCCACCACACUCCUUGGCAGCAAAUUCCACUGUCGAACAGCUCUUACUGUCAGGAAGUUCUUCCUAAUGUUUAGGUGGAAUCUUCUUUCUUGUAGUUUGGAUCCAUUGCUCCGUGUCCGCUUCUCUGGAGCAGCAGAAAACAACCUUUCUCCCUCCUCUAUAUGACAUCCUUUUAUAUAUUUGAACAUGGCUAUCAUAUCACCCCUUAACCUCCUCUUUUCCAGGCUAAACAUGCCCAGCUCCCUUAGCCGUUCCUCAUAAGGCAUCGUUUCCAGGCCUUUGACCAUUUUGGUUGCCCUCCUCUGGACACGUUCCAGUUUGUCAGUGUCCUUCUUGAACUGUGGUGCUCAGAACUGGACACAGUACUCCAGGUGAGGUCUGACCAGAGCAGAAUACAGUGGCACUAUUACUUCCCUUGAUCUAGAUGCUAUACUCCUAUUGAUGCAGCCCAGAAUUGCAUUGGCUUUUUUAGCUGCCGUGUCACACUGUUGGCUCAUGUCAAGUUUGUGGUCAACCAAGACUCCUAGAUCCUUUUCACAUGUACUGCUCUCCAGCCAGGUGUCACCCUUCUUGUAUUUGUGCCUCUCAUUUUUUUUGCCCAAGUGCAAUACUUUACAUUUCUCCCUGUUAAAAUUCAUCUUGUUUGUUUUGGCCCAGUUCUCUAAUCUGUCAAGGUCGUUUUGAAGUGUGAUCCUGUCCUCUGGGGUGUUAGCCACCCCUCCCAGUUUGGUGUCAUCUGCAAAUUUGAUCAGGAUGCCCUUGAGUCCAUCAUCCAAGUCGUUGAUAAAGAUGUUGAAUAAGACCGGGCCCAAGACAGAACCCUGUGGCACCCCACUAGUCACUCUUCUCCAGGAUGAAGAGGAACCAUUGAUGAGUACCCUUUGGGUUCGGUCAGUCAGCCAGUUACAAAUCCACUGAGUGGUAGCAUAGUCAAGACCGCAUUUUACCAGCUUCUUUACAAGAAUAUCAUGGGGCACCUUGUCAAAUGCCUUGCUGAAAUCAAGAUAGGCUACAUCCACUGCGUUCCCUUCAUCUGCCAGGCUUGUAAUUCUGUCAAAAAACAAGAUCAGGUUAGUCUGACAUGACUUAUUUUUCAGAAAUCCAUGCUGACUAUUGGUGAUCACAGCAUUCCUUUCUAGGUGCUCACAGACUGUUUGCUUAAUGAUCUGCUCCAGAAUCUUCCCUGGUAUUGAUGUUAGACUGACUGGGCGGUAAUUAUUUGGGUCCUCUCUUUUCCCCUUUUUGAAAAUAGGGACAACAUUUGCCCUCCUCCAGUCUGCCGGGACUUCGCCUGUUCUCCAAGAAUUCUCAAAGAUGACUGCCAGUGAUUCUGAGAUCACAUCUGCCAGUUCUUUUAAUACUCUUGGAUGCAGUUCAUCUGGCCCUGGAGACUUGAAUACAUCUAGACUAGCCAAGUAUUCUUGUACUAUCUCCUUAGUUAUUCUGGGCUGUGUUUCCUCUGCUGAAUCAUUUGCUCCAAAUUCUUCAGGUCAGGCAUUGUUUUCUUUAUCGGAGAAGACUGAGGCAAAGAAGGCAUUGAGGAGUUCAGCCCUUUCUGUGUCCCCUGUUUGCAUUUCACCAUCUUCUCCUCUGAGUGACCCCACUGUUUCUUUGUUCUUCCUUUUGCUACGAACAUACCCAUAAAAGCCUUUUUUGUUGCUUUUAACCUCUCUAGCAAGCCUGAGUUCAUUCUGUUCAUUCAUAGCUUUUCUGACUUUGUGUCUACACGUGCUGGCUAUUUGUUUGAAUUCCUCUUUGGUGGUUUCCCCCCUUUUCCAUUUUUUGUACACAUCCUUUUUUAAUCUUAACUCAGUUAAAAGUUCUUUAGAUAGCCACCCUGGCUUCUUUAGGCACCUUCCAUGUUUCCGUCUCAUUGGUAUUGCCUGAAGUUGUGCUUUUACUAUCUCCCUCUUAACAAACUCCCAGCCAUCAUGAACUCCCUUUCCUUUUAGUAUUACUGUCCAUGGGAUCUCACCCAGCACUUCCCUAAGUUUUAUGAAGUCGGCUUUCUUAAAGUCAAGAAAUUGAGUCCUAGUAUGCUUGGCUGCUCCUUUCCGCUGUAUAGUAAACUUCAGAAGAGCAUGAUCACUCGCGCCUAAUGAUCCUUCCACUUCUACCCCACUAACCAGGUCAUCAACAUUGGUUAGGACUAGAUCUAAAAUGGCUGUUCCUCUUGUUGCUUCUCCCACUUUCUGGACAAUGAAGUUGUCUGCAAGGCCAGUGAGGAAUCUGUUUGACCUUAUGCUCUUGGCUGAGUUUGACAUCCAACAAAUAUCCGGGUAACUGAAGUCCCCCAUUACUACUAUCUCCCUUCCUUUUGCAUGCUUGGCCAUCUGUUCCAGGAAGGCAUCAUCUAUGUCCUCCGUUUGGCUUGGGGAUCUAUAGUAAACUCCCACAAUGAGGUCACUGUUAUUCUUCUCUCCCUUAAUUUUGACCCAAAUGCUCUCACUUUGGCUUUGAGGUUCUAAAUCUUGGAUCUCUUCACAGGUAUACACAUCCCUGACAUAUAACGCCACUCCUCCUCCUUUCUUGUCUGGUCUGUUUCUCUGAAAUAGAUUGUAUCCCUCCAUUAUUACAUUCCAAUCGUGGGACUUAUCCCACCAGGUUUCAGUGAUGCCUAUUAUGUCAUAUUUAGUUUGCUGUACCAAGAGCUCAAGCUCAUCUUGUUUCUUUCCCAUGCUUUGCGCAUUAGUGUACAGACACUGAAGUCCAUUAAUCAUUCCCCCGUGUCUCUUAUUUAAGGAUUUUUUCCUCCCACCACUAGGUCUGCAUGCUGUUUGCUCCAUUUGGUCUAUGACAUUUGGAGGAUCAUCUUCAUCAAUUGAUAGACUCCUACCUUCAGGAGCACUGUCUCCCUCCCCCACAUUAGUCAGUUUAAAGCCCUCCUGAUGAGGUUUCUGAGAUUUUUGGCAAAAACAUUCCUCCCAACCGUUGUGAGGUGCAGCCCAUCGCUUGCCAGAAGUCCAUCUUCAAGAAACUGCAGUCCGUGAUCUAAGAAUCCAAACCGUUCCUAUUUACACCAUUUGCAAAGCCAGCUGUUCACUUCCACUAUUUUCCCCUCUCUCCCUGGGCCACGUCGUUCAACUGAGAGGACAGAUGAGAUGACAAUUUGUGCAUUUAAUUGCUUCAAUUUCCUGCCCAGAGCCUCGUAGUCUCUUUUGAUCUUCUGGAGGCUAUUGCUUGCAGUGUCAUUGGUUCCCACAUGAACCAAGAGGAAGGGGUAUUUGUCAGUGGGUUUUAUGAUUCCUUGCAGUUGUUCAGUUACAUCUUGGAUCUUAGCCCCGGAGAGACAGCACACUUCCCGAGACAUCUUGUCAGGCCCACAGAUCACUGCUUCUGUUCCCCUCAGUAGGGAAUCCCCUAUCACCACUACACGCCUCCUCUUAGGUUUGGUCGGGGUUCUUCCGUGAGCUGUCCGUUCCAAGGUCGCCUGCACAUUCCCUGAGGACUGACUUUGCUGCUCGUCUUCAUAUACCUGAUCGACUGUAAUGAGGAGAGAUCCUCAAAUGGAGUCUGCUCUUCGUCUUCCAUGCUAGGGAGAGGACCCAAAGCGAUUGUGUAUUUCUAAACAAUCAGAGCGAACCCUGGGCCUCCUACUUCUUUGAGUCACGUUUCUCCAUAUAUCUGGCUCCUGUGUUGGUGAACUAGCCUCCUUCUUAGGGGAGUCCCCUGUCUCCUCCUUGGUGGAGACAGUGUGCUCUGUUGCUUCCAAGAAGAGCUCCAGCUCUCUACAAACUGGCUACAAUCUCAGUUUCUGCAACAUCCAUCCUUCCAUAAAUACACACUACCAAGAGUUUUAGACUGAUAUGAUGGAACUCACAGGUGCAAAAAAACCUGCCCCUCUGGGAGGAACUUUAAGGGAGAAUACUUGCAGAUAUUGAUUUUCUCCAGUAAUUGCAGGACUUCUGGGGAUGACUGGCGUGUGGACAUUCUAGAAAGCCAGAUGCCCAUAAGCCAGAGGUCAACAGUAGCCAUUUCCAUGUUUGAGCAGUGCCAGCUCCUGUUUUGGGAGGGCGCUUGAAGUAGACAGUCUCCAUCGCUCCUCUCCCUCCAUGGGAGAAUCUACCUUCUCACUACCAUGACCACCAGCUGCUCCUUUACUUCUUCAUCUUUGCUACCACCCACUUGCUUGCUAGGCAGGGAGACAACGAGGAUGCAGGCAGUAUCAUCAAGUGCUCCUUUUCACCACCACCACUGUUGGGGACAGAGCAAGAGACAGGUGAAUAAGCAGGUUGCAAUGGUGGAGCAAGACCAGGGAAGCUCUUGCCAUAUGCCUGACUAUGCUUUCUUCCACAGUGGCCAGAAUUCUCUGAGGGAAAGGGUAUGUUUUAAACGUGCUUUAAAGAUAAAUUGUGAGUACAUGGCCUCCCUAGGCCUUUGGUCUGAUCUGGAGGGGCUCUCCUUACACCAGUGUUUCUCAAACUUGGGUCUCCAGCUGUUGUUGGACUACAACUCCCAUCAUCCCUGUCCAUGGUUCCUGCUAGCUAGGGAUGAUGGGAGUUGCAGUUGAACAACAGCUGGAGACCCAAGUUUGAGAAACAAUGCCUUACAUUCUUAACAUGGUGCAAUGGAGAGUAUCUCACAAAGACAUCUUUAUGUGUCUCUUUCUACACACACACACACACACAGUGUACAUAUAACCAGUGCUUUUUUUCCUGGGGGUACGCAUACCCCUAAACAUUUUGCGAAUCUAAGUUUGGCCUCAUUGAGGGGCAGUUUUUCAAUAUGAGUAGGAAAAUGAGAGUACCCCUAAACUUUUUUUAGGGGGGGGAAGCACUGCAUAUAGUAAAAGCAAAGCACUCAGCAAAGCACCUCCUGGCAAAGCCAGGCCUGUUGUGGGCUUAUAUAGAGGUCUUGUGAUCGCCCAGAUGAUGUUCUGACAACAAACCAUCUCUUCUGUGUAAGUGUUUCAAACCAUCAUUGCCGGCCUCAGUAUUGCCAGAGGGUUUGCUAGAGAGCCAUGCAAGCAUCUCCCUUCUCUCCCACAGCUGAGUAUACAGCUGAAAUUUAUAGUCAAGUCACCAUGGCACUUUUCUUCAAAGCUACAGACAGCCCCACCAGUGAUGCUGCCUGGUGUGUGCUUGGGUUCCAGCUACAAGCAUUCUACCUCCUGCAGAUGUCUCAGCGCAGCCAGCUCAGUUUCACGUUCUCCCAGGAGGAGACGGGGCUGCUUGGGACAGUAAAUAAUUAGCUUUGCUGCCGUUGGCUACAGGAAUGAUUAUGAAUUUUUAAGCGCGGCAAGCGAUUGAAGAAGUUUCUGUUUGCUUUCCUCCAGCCAACUUGCAAACCUUUGCUCCUGGAGGGAGAAUAUUCCCUAAAGCAGCUUGACAUUCAGGUGGGAAAACAUUUAAGGUGCAAAAAAAAAAAAAAAAAAACCUGAGCCGAGGGUAAGUUGCUCAGAAUUCAGGGGGAGUGGGGGGUCAUGUUAUGAGGGAGAUUCCAAAAGUAAUGCAUGUUUUUUAAAAAAAUAAGUUUCUUAAUUGUGCAGUCCUAGGUCUAUCAAUUAACAGAUUAUACCUGGAGCGGUUUGCUUCUGGGAAGAUAAAUUUGAGUGGGUUAUGAGUAAAGAAACUCAUCUUUGGAAGAUUUUUUCAGUAGUUUUUUGUUAUUGUUGCCUUAAAUCUUUUUAAAAUUAGAUGCUGGUGAAAGGCAUCACUUUGACAGCUUAAGAAAUGAAAGUUUUCUCUAAAUCCCCAUAAAAAUUCUCUCACGCAGCCCCCUUUCCCCACAGAAUACUUCUGGUCUGACCUCUGUUUGUAUCAUAUUUUUUAUUCAGUGCCAUGGAGCAGGCAUAUAGGAGUUAUAGGCGGGGGGGGGGGAAGCAACUUUUGCCACCUUUACUAUACCUACCACUUCAAAUAGCCAUGGCUUCACCCAAAGAAUUCUGGGAGCUGUAGUUGUUAUUUUUUAAGGGUGCUGAGAAUUGCUAGGAGAGCCCCAUUCCCCUAACAGAAAUACUAUUCCCAGUUCCCUGAGUUGAUGGAUUGUUAAACCAUACUGGGAGUUAUUGGUCUGUAAGGAGAAUAGGGAAUAGGAUUCUUUGGGGGAAAACCAUGGCUGUUUAAAGUGGUAUGAUACUUUCAAAAAUGUGUAGUGUAUAUGGAGCCCUUAGCUGAAUACAACCCACUAUUAACAGAAAUUGCAAUUCAGAUUGUUCUGUAAUUGGUGACAACAACCUUUUCAUUUUCCCAGGCACUUACUCUUUAAUCUGAGCAAUGGUGCUGCCAGUUUUAUCCUCUUCUAAAUUUAAUUUCAUGUUUUAAUUGCUGUGUUCUAUGGAGGUAAACCACCCUGAGAAUAUUGAAGAGUGGCAUACAAAUGUAUUAAGUAAAUAAAUAAAGACAUAAAGAUGACGUCUUUUUUCCAUUCUGAUACAAAGCCUGUGCCUUUAUUAGCUUCAUGUUAGGCAUACGCCAGUAAAGAUGAUGGACAGACUCUGUCAAGUUGGUCCAGCUGUAGUUAUAUAUUAUUACUAGCUUGUAACUAUUAACUCUCUUAAUGCUGGAAGAAUGGGCAGCCUGUUUUAAGUAUAUUGUCAUUCUAUUAGCCUGUGGGGGGAAAUAGUAGAAACAGAGAAUACUCCACCUUGAUGGAAUAUUGUCCCUCCCUGCAGUUCAAUUAUCUUUAUUACAUGCAUGAUCAUAGAGUGUCUCAAGGCUUCCGGUCUAGUUCUGAUACCCAAAUGUACAUUAUAUUAUAAAGAAACAAUGCACAUAACUUUAGAAGCUUUCGGUUUCAAAAUACUCUGAAGUGGGCCAAAUCUUUUACAAAACGGAGACACUUCAACUAAGAAAAAGAACAGAACCCAAAUGUUUCCCAUUUGCAGAGUUGGCCCAGUGUAAUUCCAGUAGUUCUGGUUUAUUUAUUUUGUUAGACCAAACUAAAAUGGUAGGGUGGUUUUUUAAAAAAUAUAUUUGAUAUUCUGAUAUGCUUCUGCCUUUUAUUGUCAUCUGCUUGAGGCAAAAGUCACAACUACUGGUGCUUUAAUUUUUUUAAAAAAUAAUUAUGCCAAGAAGAGCCCCCAGACCCCCCCAAGAUAAUACAGUUGUACAAUAACUUUAACAUACACUUUUUCUAAAUGUUUCAAUCAGCUCUGAGUCAGUAGGGCUCAUGUGUCACGAGUUAGCUUAAAGGUUACAUCCUAGAUGCCACGCAUACUUCCAUCCAGCUUCUUUUGAAAAUCAAGUUGCGAACCAGGUUUUGAAGAGGUGCUGAAGUGUGUGCUCUUAGCAAAAGAAUAGACCAGAAAGUGAAAUAACAGCUUUAUACAGAAGGGGGAUGCUCAGAUGGAACUAACCAAAACAUUUCUUUCCCUUUCCUUUGGCAUAGGACUCGUUCCCAUCAAAACUAAAGGUUGUGCCCCGAGUUGUGCAGCCUGUGGAGAGAGGCACUUUGAUGUGA